AUGUUUCUGGUCCCUUUUCUUUCUUUCUUUGUUGGUUCCAGUUAUUGCCUUUCCAUACCUUUUGUGCGACGAGCAAUCCCCCAGCCAACUCUCACGGUAGACUCGAACUACCAGGGCAACCUUGGGUUCUCCAACGAAUAUGAUGCGGUCUAUUCUGGCACUGUCUACGUUCAGGGCAAGCCAUUCCAGGUCCAAAUUGACACAGGAAGUUCUGACUUUUGGAUUAACAACGAAAAUGUUACUCUCGACGACCUCGUUUACACCGGAAGUAACGCUACACUACCAUAUGGCGAUGGCUCUGUAGCGACUGGUCCUAUCGCACUAGGCAACGUGUCAUUUGGCAAAUAUACCGUCGCCAACCAAGCGAUGAUUCUUGCUCCCGGUUCUAAUGCCUCUGAUGGUGGUCUUAUCAAUGGUCUGAUUGGAGUGGGCCCAGCCCCCUUGUCGCAAAUUCUUACGACACUGAUUGAAGAAAAGUCACCAUAUAAUGGUAUGCCCUUCACGACGAAUGUUUUCAACCAGACAGGGCCGAGCUCUAGCUAUAUGACCUUCCUGCUGUCUCGAUCGGAGGCAGGCGUGACCGAGGGCGGUCUCAUGACUCUUGGGGAGCUUGCGGCCAAUUACACUGAGAUUACCAGAAGUCCCAAACUUCCCGUUGUUCAUGAUGGACGGUGGAUCACGUGGAUGGAUGGUAUCUACGUUAACGGCAAGCUCUACUCCGGUCAUUCUGUAAGCCAGAACGCGACAGGGUACGUUGCAAAGCCCACUGGGAAUCAAACUUCCGCACUACUUGAUUCGGGAACGUCAGCUGGUAAGAUUUUCGCCAGAUCGGAGAGCAAGGAAGUAAACGCCUUGAUUAGCUUCCGCACCCCGUUGGACAUUCCUGGAGCAGUCUGGAACGACUCGCAGAACACCUACACCUUGCCUUGCCACUCAAAGAUAAACAUUAGCAUGUCGCUCGGAGGGCUCACGUACCCCAUGGAUCCCAUUGAUGCUACGCAAAUCACGGUGAACAGUGAUGGAAGUUUCUAUUGCAGCGGCGCGUUCGCGGCGACAGCAGCUGGCAGUGGCAUUGUCGACUUCAUUCUGGGUGACUCGUUUAUGCGCAACGUUUACAGCCUGUUCUACUUCGGCGCCAACUUCACGGGCACUGGUCACGAGCAAUCGUACAUGCAGAUUCUCAGCACCACCGAUGCUAAUAAGGCAUGGGCUGACUUCGAGUGGGCCAACAUCCAACGUCUUAUUCAGGACGAGUACGAGGAAUUCCAGCCUCAGCCGUCUACCGUGUCAGCUGCGUCCGAGAUGUACACGUAUUCCUUAGUUUCGGGAAGCGCGAGCACAUCGGCCGCCGCAGCGACAACGCUGGUCACGUCUGCUCAUACGACUGCGCCGUCGCAAUCCGCGUCUCCGGCACCCGCUUCGGCAUCAAGUACUGAAGGGUCAUCACCUACGUCGUUGACAUCAGCAACGCCGGCUCGCACGACGUCAGCCGGUGCCGCGACCACCAGUGAGGCUCCCGCGAAGAUCGGCGGCGAAUUGGCCGCCGAUGCAGCUGUGACAUCCGCGUCGUCAUCACCCGACUACCACGGAUUACUGCGCAACUCAUACAUUGUGAUCGGUCUUCUCGCCGGUGCCAUCGUCCUCCUCGUCGGGGUUCUCAUCAAGCUUGCAAUGUCGGCGCGGAACAACCGCUACACGCAAGUGCCGGGCGCCAUUCCUCCAGUGCACUUCGAGAAGCCCUACGAGCGAGAUUCAGAGGCAUUCUCGACGCCGUAUGACGACCUCGCUCGUCCACUUCCGCAAUAA